ACGAAAGAUUUUUCUCCCUUUUUCUUGACAGGAAGCAGCGACAGCGGCGAGAGCAGCGCAAGCUACAGCCGUGAGUACGCCGAUUCUCUUCCGACGACUGUGUAAAGAUCUCUACGUGCCGAGGACACCGAGCACCCACUCACACAGACAGGUUUGGAUCUCAGCUUUCCUCGGACAGGCUGUGGCCGCGAACAACACCCAUUUGAGGCGGCGCUACAUCGGAAGCUCCAGCGGGCACGGCGUUAAGGACUAAUUCGCAGUUCUAUACAAAAUUUCACUUCUUCUUUUCUCCGGCACUCCUGUAAAACUAUAAAUAAAGACAUCCUGUGAUUUUUCUUUGACAUUCAGCUCUCUGGUGUUUGUGCGUUUGUCCCAGCACACGAGCGAGGGGCUACAUUGGUGGAGAAAGCGGGUCUUUGAACACGGAAAUGGGAAAUCCCCGCCCCAUCACACACCAUGGAUCCUGUUUUGAAACACCUGUUGAAAUCGAACCUUCAGCAACAGACUGUCGUGCAGGAGCAAAAGGAGUCCAUGCAGCUACUCAAGAACUCCUGGAAAUACGGAAAAAGCAUGCAGAGGACAGAAAUCCCGUCCUCAGCCCGGUUCAGGAGGCGGAACGCCUACUUGCCAAAAUGACUGCAAAAGACGACCCAAAAACGUUUCUACAUACUUUUGAGUGCAUCGCAGUACACGAAGGAUGGCCGAAACGUGCGUGGGCAUGGCUCGUAGCUCCCUACCUCACGGGGGAUGCCCAACUGGCUUACUACAGCCUCCCGGUAGAGUCGGCGGACAACUAUGAUUUGCUAAAGGAAGAAAUACUGGGCUGUUAUGGACUGUCGCCGAGAAUUGCAGCAGCGGACUUCCAUAAGUGGGGGUACAAACCCAACAUUGCUCCGAGGACCCAAAAUCUGGAAAAUCUGGUACGGAUUACACAUAGGUGGCUCCAACCAGAAAGGAAAACUGCCAGCAAAAUCGUGGAGAGGGUGGCCAUUGAUAAGUUUGUAAGAGCAUUGCCCCCCGAGGAAUGGAAGGCUGUGGGGAUGCAAAAUCCGGAAAACCCCAAGGAGCUAGUUAAAGCAUUGGAGUGUGCACUGUCCACAUUGAGCCUGGAGGGAAAUACAGGGCGCCACCAGCCACGCCAAGUUCAUGCGCACCGAGACUGGAACAGCGACCGGCAGGAACGGAGGGCCAGCAGGGCUGACACCGGUGUGUUUCCUCCAAAAGAUGAACACAUGCCCUCCGAUCUAGGUGCAGGGCUGGCGGCCCAGUUCAGAAAACCAUGGCUGGCUGGCUGCACUAUGCAUGCAACUACACAGCCCCGGUCGCCGACCCUCAGUGUGAAACUGGAUGGUAAAAUCACAGAGGCGCUGCUAGACUCUGGCAGUAACGUCACACUGGCCAGACCCUCCGUCAUAGCCAGGGGGACCAAAAGAAUUGAAACUAUACCAGUUGCGUGUGUGCAUGGAGACGUGCAUGAGGUGCCCACCGUCAGAGUCCGUGUGGCGAACGGUGAAGGUGAGUGGCCGCUUGUAAUUGGUUUGGUUCCUAAUCUACCUGUGCCCCUACUCUUGGGCAGGGACUGGCCGGGGUUCCAGAGACAGCAGGCGAUCUCUCGCAGGACGUCGAGACGUGGUGGGGACCGAAAACUGCUGCGUAGGUCGGGGAAACGGACCCAUACGGCACUGAUGGCUCAUGAGCGAGAAACGCAGGACACUGGUGCAGAGGGAAGCAGCGAGAGCGGCGAGAGCAGGGCGAGCUACAGCCGCGAAUACGCCGAUUCUCUUCCGACGACUGUGUAAAGACCUUUACGUGCCGAGGACACCGAGCACCCACUCACAGACAGGUUUGGGUCUCAGCUUUCCUCGGACAGGCCGUGGCCGCGAACAACACCCAUUUGAGGCGGCGCUACAUCGGAAGCUCCAGCGGGCACGGCGUUAAGGACUAAUUCGCAGUUCUAUACAAAAUUUCACUUCUUCUUUUCUCUGGCACUCCUGUAAAACUAUAAAUAAAGACAUCCUGUGAUUUUUCUUUGA